AUGGGGAAGAGAGGAGAAAAGUCGUCGGUGUCAGUGUCGAGAACCGACUCUGUCGCACAAACACCACCACAUAGUCGUCGACACCAUAGAUCUACCACACUUGACUCAUCUUGUGACGGCAUCGCAUCGGAUGACUAUGUCGCGUCUCACUCUGCCUCGACGUACUCCCAGUCUUCAGGCUACGACUACUCUUUAACCAGCGGAGAAGCAAAGCGAGACGCACAAUCUGGCCAGGUAUCAGCAGCAAAGAACAGCAGUACCAAGCCGAGGUGGCUUAAGAGCGUAAAGAGUUGGUUAUCCGUCAGCGAACCAUCUGCGCAAGCCCUCAAACACCAGCGACUUUCUACAUAUCAGCGCUACGGAAUAGAACUUGGAGACCCCGAUGCCGCAGCCAAGAUGCACCUGCCCAUAGGCAAGGUUCCCGAUGGAGUGACAACUUCGACGACAGGUCCGAACCCCGAGAAAGUGUUGCAGGAUAGAGUAAGGCGGAAUUCGACGAAACAUCAAUACACACAGCAUAGCGGAUCGCAGUCACGGUCCAGUGGAAUUUCAUCAGGAUCAAACCCGAGCACGAAAGACGCAAGGAAGAUUGCGCCUUGGGUAGAGUGA